UUUGGUUCUACACGGAUCAAUCUAUUCUCUCUGCAGUUUCUUUUGUUUCACUCUGAUAAAAUAAAAAAACUCCAAAAAUUAGAAACCCUAAUUAUCAAUGGUCACCACUGCUAAAUCUUCAAACCAUCACUCGCGGCCUAGUGCCCCGCCACCGGCGCAGCCUAUAGAUGGCAGCAGCCCGAAGUUCUGGCGAAAAAAUCUUUCCUCGCCUUGGGCUCAGGUGGUUUGCGGCGGCGAGCCAGAAUCAGUAGCUGACAUUAACCAAUCGCCACCUUCGCCAUCAUCGUCGUCGUCUCUGGUGGCUGACCAAUUGCCGUUGUCAGAGUGUUCUCCUAAGGUGCUUUUAUCGUCUUCGCCUGUGCAUAAUUGUAAUACUGUUGGUGCUGCAGAUUGCUCUGAGAGUUGUGAGGGCAAUGUGGAUCGCUUUAAGAAGCCCAUUUGGAAGAAGCCCUCGAACGGAGUUGAGUGUGGACCUGUAAUGGGCGCUGAAUCGUGGCCCGCUUUGUCUGUAUCCACCAAAGGUUCUGCCAAAUUGUCAGCUGAAUCUUCCUCCAAGACGGUCGUUGAUGGAUCACUCUCAACUUCUCAGGGGCCAAUGACUUCACAAUCUUCUUCUCGGAAACAGGUUACUACUGAUGCAAGACAUAACUCUGUAACCAAUUAUAAUGGUCUUAAUAGACCGAGACCGAGACCGAUGAGGCGAGUAAGUGGCAACAGCAGUGGGUCUGUUGGCCCUUCACAGAGCAACUUCUCCAACCCUCCCCUGCCACCACCACCCCCGCCUUUUCCUGUAUACCAGCUCCCACCAGUUAGCUAUGGUAAUAUGGUAUCUGGAACCCGUGAUCCUGUUACAAGAGAUCAAUACUGGGACAAUAACUGGGAUGCAAGACCAAUUGUUGGGGGUUUUAUGCCUAUAAUGAACGAAUAUCAGGGUUCCUCUCGUAGGGGUUACUUUGGGCCGCCUCAUCCACGUGGAGAUGGUUCCUAUCAUAAUAGCAGGCGUGAUGAUCGUGGAAAUUAUGUGAGUACUAGAGAUGCUUUUUUACCUCAAUCAAGGAUGCCUCCAAGAGGAUUACUGAGGCACCCACCACCUAGUACUGCUGCAACUCAGCCCAUUGGAUCAUAUGCUAACCCCAUGGGUUUUUCUGAGUUCUAUUAUUAUCGACCUGUAGCAGUGGAACAGUUUACAGGUGUGCCAUACUUCACUCAUGGCCCCCCUCCUGCAACAUAUUUCUCUGCUGCAGAACCUCUCUCCAAUUUGAUACUCAAGCAGAUUGAAUAUUACUUUUGUGAUGAUAAUUUAGUGAGAGAUGAGUUUUUAAAGUCCAAAAUGGAUGAUCAGGGCUGGGUUCCUGUUACUUUGAUAGCGGACUUCCCUCGAGUUAGAAAUUUGACAAGUAACAUUCAGUUGAUACUGGAUUCUCUGAGAACUUCUUUGGUCGUGGAAGUGCAGGGUGACAAGUUGAGACGAAAAAAUGAGUGGUCGGCAUGGGUGUUAGCUGCUGAUUCUGGUGGUUCAGUAUCUCCUCUUGCAUGGAGACACAGUAAUCUGACAUCUAAUUUUCAAAAUAUCACAUUGGAAGAAACGACUAAAGAUGAAAGUUCAACAGAAUCUAGCACUCAGUCUCAACUCCCAAAUGGUAGUGAUGGUACAGGAAGCCGUUAAAACUGUACUUACAUAAUCUACCCCAACCAGUGGUCUUUGAUUUUAAAAGUUUUUUCUUUUCUUUUUUGUUUUGGAGGUAAUGGUAAUAGAGAUGGAAGUUUAUUCUUCUAGGGUCUCAAUUUUGAUAGUAAUUUUGAGUGAAGUAAUGGAAAUAAAUAAGAAUUAUUCACAAUUAUUAUUGUCUAAAGGAGAAAAAAGAGAAAAAUUAGACAAAAAAUUUCAGAAUUUUGAUUGAGGCAGAUUUAAUAAAGUUUAUUGAUUUGUAUAUA